CCCCUCCUGAUUUUCAAGUGGAAUUCCUGAUUUCUCUUUUGUUUCCUAAAUGAAGGAAGAGAAGCAGAAGAAGAGGUUAAAUGCAAAGCUGGAGUUAGCCAAGUUCCUGCAGGAAACCAUUGCAGAGAUGGCCAAAAGGAACAAAGUGGAAUCAGCACAAGGGAAACAAUUCUCCUCUUAUGUGCACCAGAUCCGUCACAGCGGCCACCAGCCCAGCACCCAGGACAUCGUGCGCUUCUCCAAGCUCUUUGAGGAUGAGCUUACCCUGGAGCACUUGGAACGGCCUCAGUUGGGGGCUCUUUGCAAGCUGCUUGAGCUGCAGCCCAUUGGCACCAACAACCUGCUCCGCUUUCAGCUCCUGCUCCGGCUCAGAACCAUCAAGGCAGAUGAUGAGCUGAUUGCCAAGGAAGGAGUCAAUGGCCUGAGUGUGUCCGAGCUGCAGAGCGCAUGCAGAGCCAGAGGGAUGCGGUCACUGGGUCUCUCAGAGGAGCAACUGAAGGAACAGCUCAGACAGUGGCUGGAUCUGCAUUUGAAAGAGAAUGUUCCACCUUCUCUGCUCCUGCUUUCCCGUGCCUUGUACUUGAUAGAUACAAAGCCACAACCUGUUCCAGGUCCCCCAAAGCAGAGAGGUGAAACUGCUGCGAUCACGACCUCCACUCCCGAAGGCCAAGAGACCCUGAUGGAUCCUGCCCCUGUUGUACAGGGAGGAAAGGAUGAAGAGGUUGUAUCUCAGCCAACAGAGCAAUUGCCAGGCUCGGAAGUACCAGCGAAGCCUCCCCCACAACAGACUCAAAUGGAAGCAUCUCGGAGCAGCAAAGCCGGCGCCAAUGGAGCAUAGCCUGGAGCCAGUGAGGACUGUGGGAUACUGGGAGAGAAGAGCUGUUCCCUCUGCCCCUCCUUAGAAGGAAAGAGGGAUUUUCCCAGAGGAUGCAUCACCCACAGAGGUGGCAGCAGCACUUGGGGGCCUCUCUGUCUGCUCCAAGCUUACUGGCACUUACCUGGAUGGCACCAGCUCCUCUAUUGUACUGGAUCCCCCCCCCAGGUCUAACUUAUGGUACGUUAACAGUGAUGCCACUGUCAGUGCUGUUACUGAGGGGGGGUGUCUGUGCUCUUAAACCUCAGGAAAGACAACUCUUCAUUGCACUAAAGCCCAGAAUGAGCUGCUCUGGAGCUCUGGGAAAGCCUGGUGUACAGUGUGAGACCUCCAUCCCCAGGGCCUGCAGCUCAUCCGGCUGCUGCAGCUUUCCAAGCUCCUGAUCCCAGCAUGGAUUAAGCAAUAAGCAGUGCACAGAGUGUCCUCUGUCGCUGUUGUGUUUCACUGUCCCGGGUGUACCAAUGUGAAUGGGAGCAGCACAGGGAUGCCAGCACCCUCUUCAGUGCUGUGGCUGAGCUUAACUGGUCAGGAGGACCUAAGGACUUCCUGGACAAAGAGCAGGGCUGUGAAGAGGAUGACUUCACUGCUGGACCAAUGUAACCUGCAGCAAGUCCAUUAAACCUUAUCAGGCUCAGAGCUGCACAUGAGUGCACUUGGACCCCCUGUGCUGCACAAAGUGAUGCUUCACACACUCUGAUGCUGACUGAUUCUGGAAGCCUCUAUGGGAGGAUGCUGAGAAGCUGGUUUUAACAUUUAAAUGAUUUUUACUUGUCCUAUAUCUUCAGCAAUGACUCAUAUGAUGGGUUUUAAACAUGUAUUUAUACUUAA